AUCCCAUCGAUUCCCGAUUCGUUCCCCUCCAUCCGCUCACGACCUAGACUGCUGCUGGCUGCUGCGCCGCCGCGAGAGGGGAGGGCGGCGUCUGCAUCAACUCGCUGCUGCAUCGUCAGGGGAGGGGCUGGGUACGUGCACUGCGGCGGCGUGGGGCGGUUAUGCCGUGCUGGUGCUGGAGGCGGUCAGGCCAGCCGGCCAGCGGCGGGGCGGUAGUCGGGGGCUGUGCUUGAGUGAGCGUGAUGGAUUCCGAUGAAGAGGUGGAUUGGAUAGGGAUUGCUGCCGCUGUCAAACUCGAAGAAGCUGAAGCUAAGGCUGCUGCUGCCGAAGAAGCUGAAGCUGAGGCUGCUGCUGCCGAAGAAGCUGCGGCUGUGGCAGGGGAAGCGGCUUUGGCGCACAGAUCAACCAACCAGAAGCGGCCACAUGACUCCGACGACCGACAAGUAUCCUCUUCUAGUCUUCUUGUAUCUUUCCUUUGAUAUGUUAGUUGGAAACUUGGAAUGUUGAAUAGCAAAUAGCCAUGGGUGGUCGACAAGGUAACUAUAUUCAAUGAGGUGCUGGAUAGAAACAUAGUUGAGAUGAAUAAUCGAUUUAGUGAAACUUCUACACGCUUGUUGAAGUGCAUUGCUUGCCUUGAUCCUAGAGACUCAUUUAGCAACUUUGAUCAUGAUAAGCUAGUUGAGCUUGCAAAUAUUUACUCAAUUGAUUUCUCUUCACAAGAGCGCUAUCUGUUGACUGAUCAACUCAACAUAUAUAUUGAUGUGAUGAAAAGAAGUACUGGAUUCUUGGCUUGCGAUAGUUUGAGUUCUCUUGCUCUCAAGUUGGUUCAGAGUAGACAACAUCUGGUAUUUCCAUUGGUUUAUCGGCUCAUCAGACUUGCAUUGACAUUACCGGUGGCAACUGCAUCAGUUGAAAGGGUUUUCUCAGCCAUGAAUAUUAUAAAGACUGAUCUUCGAAACAAGAUGGGUGAUGAUUGGCUUAAUGAUUUGAUGGUUUGCUUUGUUGAGCGCGAGAUAUUUGCUAAAAUUAGUGAUAAAGAGAUUAUGGUUCAUUUUCAUGCCUUGAAGAACCGUCGAGGUCAUCUACCUCCAGAACCUGGUGUUCAUUAUGCAAUUUGUCUUAAAGGUCUCAUUUGGAAGUUGGAAUUAUGGGAUCAUAUUGUGGCAUAAGUGAGCAUUUCAAGCGGGCAAGAGUCCAUGUGAGCAGUCAGGAAGCCUCGGCGACUUUUAACAGUGUACUAGUUUUAAAUAGUAUUUUCAUCCUUUUGUUGUUGAAUGCUAUAAGUUCUGGUUGAAUAUAGCUGCAUUUGUAGCGGAAAAAAAUUAAACAUUAAGUGUUCGCCCCGGCUAACUUCAAUUCCUGGGCCCGCCACCGUACGCAUGCGUGUUUCAUUAUUGCUUGUACGGUUUGGGAUUGAGAUUACUUUGUAAGCUGGACUUGCUUGAGUUAAGUUCUAUGUAAUAUUGCCCGAAAA